UUCAAGUCAAACGUACCUAAUUUUGCUCUGUUCAUGUGCAGGGAUAUUUACACCCGGAUGGGUGAUCACAGCCUUCGAGCCGACGAGGGUUCUGAGCAAUGCAUCUCCUCUGUGCAGAAAUUCCAACAUCCAGCCUACAACCCCACCACACACGACAACGACCUCAUGCAGCUACAGUUGUGCAACUCUGCCAUUUUUAACCAGUAUGUCCGACCCAUUGAACUGGCUACUGAAUGUGCUCAGCCUAACACUCAUUGUGAGGUAUCAGGCUGGGGCACCAUCAAAAAAAAAAGAAAUGGGUUUCCAUGCUUACAGUGUGCAACAGUCUAUACAACAUCCAACGAAGACUGCAAACGGGCAUACCCAAACUCUAUCACGGACAUGCUUUGUGCUGGUGUGAGAGGAGGAGGCGUGGACUCUUGUCAGGGUGACUCUGGGGGACCCUUAGUGUGCAACAACGGACUCCAAGGGAUUGUCUCCUGGGGAAUGCAGCUCUGUGCCCAACCUGGGAAGCCUGGAGUUUAUAUAAACAUCUGCCAAUUCACCACCUGGAUUCGCAACACCAUGCAGAGAAACUCGGGCAACCGAGCUGCAUACUCCCGCUAGUGUGACAGGAAGACUUCACUGCACUGGGACCCUGAUGUCAGACUAACUCUAGAGGAAAUUCAGCACUGGCUUUCUCCCUGUGCGUUUCACCAGCUUUCAUGAUGUCUCUUUUUCUGUGAAAGCUAGAGGGGUCACUUACACAUCCUCUGAAAACGGGGUGAAAGCAGAGGCAUCAGAUGCUACUGUAACCUUAUAACUGAAAGUUUAGAAAUAAUAAUCACUUGCAUUUAUAAUAAAAAAGCACGUAUUACAAAAGCUGGGGAGGGAAAAAGAUGACGACGGGUGAGCAGCUUUGAGUCUAUGCUCUCCGCUUUUAUCUUAUUUUAUUUCAUUUUACCCCGCAACAUCCUUUUAUUUUUCCUGUUUUUAAAUCUAUUUUAUAAACUAUAUCGCGUGAGAGGUCAUCUGUCUGGUCCAGUCAUAACUUGAUAAAAUAUAAACCAGGACUCAAGAAUGGGAAAAAGGAAGAAGAGACAGCGUGUACAUUCUGCAACACAGAUCUAAACUUCUGAAGCAGCAGAAAGUGGACGAAUAUACAACAAACAGACAGCUCCAGUAAGUAAUCUUGACCCUACAUUCUCUCCAGAUAGGUAUAACACUCAUAAUUCUUUGGAAUGGGAUCUACAGGCAGAAAUUGAAAGUCAACAGCUUAUAGAGCUUUCUCCUUCCCUGUUGGAAGAUGCCUCCCCUCCCCGGACUUCCGCUGUUUGUUCAGCAGCCGCUUUGUAAUUGGGGAGCCACCACCCUCCUACAGCGUGGCUCCCCAAUUGCAUCCCCCAGAAAAUGCAAAUAAAUCUCCGUGGGGGCUCGAUGGGGAUGCUGAAGACCAAACUAACAAAGGUGAAGAGCUCCUGUCCCAGCAACUGGCAACUUCUCAGAGACAGAGGCCUGGCUCUGGGCCUUAGGCAAUCUCUGGAACUCCUUAUUCUGAUAUUGAUGUUGCCUUCUCUGAUACCCAACAUACAUCUAUCCCUUUGACAGCUGAGUCUAACAACAAUCAACAUGAAGCAAUUUGUGUUUCUACCAUCUCUCAGGAUUUGCCUCUAAUAACGGUCACAUCUGGGAAUUCAGACUGACAUUUGGAUGCUCUUAAAUCCCUAUCUAUUCUCUCAUGGAAUAUUGCAGGUUGGAACGCUAAAUCCAGAGACUUUGCUUUUAUAAAUUACAUUACUGAAUUCGACCUACUCCUAUUCCAAGAAACCUGGCUUGACAACAGCUUGUAUAUAAGUGGGUAUAAAUCUUUCUCACUACCUGCAGCCUCUGGAGCAGGAGGCAGAUUGUGUGGUGGAUGAAGUAUACAAAUUUCAACCAAACUACAUUCAAAUAUUAUACAGUUAGGCCCAAUGGAGUGCUAUGCAAUGUCUGUGCUGUUAAAAUUUAGUAAUGCUCUAUUAUUAUUGGUUAAUGUUUAUCUUCCACCUCUUCAAAAUAGGUCCCAAUUUAACAAUUUCUGGACUAAACUUGAAGUAUAUAUAAGUACUCUCAUGCUAAAUAAUCCCUCAGCCUAUGUAAUAGUUUCUGGUGACCUAAAUGCUAGGGUGGGGGUGAGCGAUAAGGCACUUUUUACUCAGUUCCACCAGUAUUCCCCAGAAGCAGUCAUAAUUCCCCCUUUGUUAAUCCGGCCAUCCAAAGACUCAAAAGGGGA